UUUAGACGAUCUUCGGCGGAGCUAGCCGGCUAACAGCUAGCUCUAAGAGACGCCAUUAGUUGGGUGAAAACCAGGCGUUCGCAUCAGGUCGAAAGGGGAAUUAUUUCACAGUUUAGACCCGUUUCUCUCGCGUCUUUUGGUAGAUAUUGAUAAACGUCGGAUUCUCUUAUGUUGUCGAGGUGUUUUCCCCCUGAUUUUAUCUGUUUUUUUUAAAGUCGGAAGCCGAUGUGAGCUACGCAGGACUUCAGUUCCUACGGGGGUUAGUUAGCUUUAGCAGCGCUAGCUUGACGCCGCCUGUUUUGACAAACGCCGAUAAAUUAGUUGCAUAAAACUUCCAGCCAUGGCGGCCGGAGGGGCGGGUGGCAACAGCGGCGGCAAGACCUACUCCUUCAAGGUGGUGCUGCUGGGUGAAGGCUGUGUGGGGAAGACGUCGCUAGUGCUGCGAUACUGCGAAAACAAAUUUAACGACAAACACAUCACAACUCUACAGGCGUCUUUCCUCACAAAGAAGCUCAACAUCACAGGAAAGAGAGUUAACCUGGCCAUAUGGGACACAGCAGGUCAGGAACGAUUUCAUGCGUUAGGUCCCAUCUACUACAGAGACUCCAAUGGAGCCAUACUAGUGUACGACAUUACAGAUGAAGACUCCUUUCAGAAGGUGAAGAACUGGGUGAAAGAGUUGAGGAAAAUGUUGGGGAAUGAGAUUUGUUUAUGUAUAGUAGGUAAUAAGAUCGAUUUGGACAAAGACAGACAUGUUUCAGUGGAGGAGGCUGAGAGUUAUGCAGAAUCGGUGGGAGCCAAACACUACCACACAUCAGCCAAAUUAAAUAAAGGCAUCGAGGAGCUCUUCCUGGAUCUCUGUAAAAGGAUGAUGGAAACAGCUCAGGCUGAGGAGAGGUUGAAGGGCAAUGGAGCCAGCCAGUCAGCUUCAAGUAGGCGGGGCGUACAGAUCGUCGAUGAUGAACCACAGGCCACACCUGCUGGAGGGUGCUGCUCUUCUGGCUAAUGCACACACUUUUACAUACUCUUUCUCUCUCUCACACACACACACACACACACUCACACUCCU